CAUCGUCAGCAGAGUAGAAACUUCCGAUAGGUACUUAUUAACAAAAAUUCAAUAUAUAUUUACCGUUUUGACAAUAAUAUCUAAAUAGGUACCUAUACAAAGUCUACUAAAAUUUUUUUUUCUCAGACGUGAAUAAGUUCUUAAAUUACAUCCGGCGUUUUAACCAUGCAUCAAAAUAACAAUUCUAACAUGGUCAGAGUAGUUGUCUAUAUUGGAUUUGUCGUCUAUGUCAUGGCCUUGGCCACAACGUGUUGCUGUCAUCCCGUAACGUCUUCUGAGGUGGAAAGCAUAGCUCGACCAACACGGCCUAAAACUUUCGGUUCACCAGAUGAAUUACGUUCGUACCUAGACCAGUUAGGACAGUACUUGGCAGUGGUUUCUCGUCCGAGGUUUGGAAAAAGGAAACCUACGUUUCCAAGCAUCCCGUCCGCUAUCACAACACCGAGAUUACAGCAGUACAUCGACCAUCAACGGAUGCUUAACAAUCUUAUAAACCGAGAAGACGACGAGACCUAUAAAUUACAAUACAAGCCGGCGGCUAUAAGAAAUUCAAAAGAUUUGUAUGACAUGUUGUUUACGACACGCCGCGAAAACGGCAAUAAUGACCACCAUCAAUACUAUUUAAUGCAACAAGAUGUAACGAAUGCAGACAUUGGUUUAGAUUCAAAUUAAUUAUUAUUAAAAUGUAUUUGUAGUAUAAGAUGUAAUGUAUUUUUAUUUCAUAAAAACUUUAGUCAUGUACAGACAGUAUUGUACUAGUUAUUAAUAAUAUAAGAACUUUAAAAUGUUAAUUAAUCGGUAUAAAUAAAAUCCGUUAAAAGCGUUGGUAUAGGUAUCUGAUACUUAUAUAGACAUUAAAAUUGUAAUAGCUGAAAUUAAUAUUAUAAAUAAUAACAAUAUUGGUUUGUUUUUAAUUUUUGCUCUUAAAUACAGACAACUUUUAUAAAUAUAAAAAAGCUAUUGUUUAACUAUCAAGUAAUAUGAAGUGAAGUAAGUUAGGUAAAUCCUAUAUACAUAUAUGGCAUACCUACCUAUUAAGCACAAUGUUAUAUAGAUACUUAACAACUAACAGAAUAUAUUAUCUCAGUUUUAAGAUAAUUUUUAAUUGUUAUGAACCAUCUGUCUUUAAUAUAUAAAUCGAUUAAGCUUUUAAUUUAUUAUUAACAACACCGAACGGCGAACACAAUAAUAUUAUGAACAUAAUAUAUCAUACGACAAAUAGGGACAUUUACAUAAGUAUUACGUCAUAAUUAUCAUUAAUUCAGUUUAAAAUAAGCAUUGCACGGGAUGCUUUAAAAUUGUAUACAUUUUUAUACUACAGCAGUACAGCAUAUACACACUUAUGAGAUACACUGGACACUGGUAUACUUACCGUAUACCUAUGCCAAAGUUGCAGUUGCAUCCGAAUAUAAAUAAUAUGAGAGACGGAUCCCAUCCUAUUCCCGAUAAAACAAUUAAAAAAAAAAAAAGAUCAUAAUUUUAAAUCACCUCCUACAAAUAUAUUCUCUACCCUCUGGUGUAUCUUAAAGUGGAUCAUUUUUUCAUCUUUUUUAUUCUCUUUAUUUGCACCACACAUCGUUCAUCUCUAUUCUACAUCUCCAUUCAUUUUUUUCAUAUUAUGGGAAACCAACCAUUCCAUUGUUGUAUAUCACAUGCAAAUUUUAAAACCCUACUUAGUGCUUUUCAUUUUGUUAAGUAUUAAAUUUUUUUUA